UUAUAUGAAUUGUUCAACAUCAUAACAUCUAGCUGGAUUAGAACCCAAGUCCCUUGAGUUCAGGAGCCUCAACCCAUGCCCCACCCUGUUCAGAGUUCCUGGUGAGAAAGAACUCAACCAAAGGGUACAAUCACUGUGGCACCAGGGACCCAGAGGGGAAGUGGUGACAGGGACGGAAGGCCAGACCUCACACUCACUCAUCUGUGAGAAAGUAUAAAAGCAAGAGAAAGCUGGCUGGGGCCGCGGUUCCGCAGGACUUCCGAGCAGGACCCAGGCCGGAUCUUGGGAGUGGACACAAAACAGCUGGGACAAGACCCUGUCUGGGGCAGGCCACUGACAAACAACCGUGAGUAGCAUUUUUCUUAUGUUAGUUUAAUCUUCUUCCUCAUUUCAGAAAACCUGCAUUCUUACUUUAUUCCUGCCCUCCAGGUACCUAAGAAGCUGGGUGAGCCUGUGGUGAGCAGGGGAUGGACAUUACAGGAAGAUGCUUCCUGUGGUGGUGGGGGUGGGAGUCCUGGGGAUGCUCAGGGCUGGGGGGUGCUCCUCCUGAGACAGGACCAAACGUCUGGAUGUGCCUUUCAUUUCAUCAUAGCGAUAAAAAACCACACACAGUGUGUGCCAGGCACAGCUCUAACACCUAUCGUGGCUUAAUUAAUCCUUACAACUCAUAUUCCAUGCCCACUUAAUAGAGGCGGGACUGUGACUUACCUGAAGUUCCUGGGAUGUCACUGAGAGCGUUGGCCUGAGCCUAGGCACUCUGGCUUCACAGUCCACCCUUUAGCCAUCAGCCUGUCCUGCCUUCUGAAGUAGCAGAUGGUAGGCCAAGAAAGGACCUCAAAAGGCCAGGGCUGGCAGAGGUCUUGGGGAUCACCUCAGGAGUCUGUGCCCCCAUUUUGCAGGAAAAAGUGAGGCACAACAAAAUACAGCUUGCCUGGAUGAGGCGGCCAGAGAGAGGUCAGAUGCAUACUGGACCCAGCAGCUCAGUCUCCACUUCCGCUUCCAUAGAGGUUCCACUUUGGAAAAGUGAUUUUUCAUGUUAUGCCAUGUGUGUGCCCCAGGUCAGGGCCCAGGUCGAAUCCUGCCUAACUCUGCCAUCCCUGGUAACUGCAGCUUCUGGCAAAUCACCCCACUUCUCUCCCUAUGGCCUCCCUCUUCUGAGCAACACAGGGUGAGAACAUCACUCUCAGGCUUGUGGGUCCCAGUUAGGUGAUGCUGACAGGGGAUGGGUACCUGUGCUGGACUCUGUGAAUAACUGUGGUGGAACCCUUGACCUUCACCCCAUCUGCCAUUGCUGUGGAUUAGAGAUGAAAGUGAAGCACUGCUGGCUGUCCCUAAAAUGGGUGGCUAGUAGAGAGACCUUGGGGCCCAGGUCAGGAUGGAGGCAGAAGAGGACCAGGGAGGAUUCAGAGAGUUCCAGGGAGGCAGCCCCAGCCCCAGCUCUGUAACCACUGUGCGGCUCCAGGAAGGAAGCUCCCUAAACCUCACCCUGCCCCCGGGCCCCAGCACCCCAAUAUGGAUCUCCACCAGCAGUGCCAUUCCUUACCCUUUAGCCAGUUAAGGCGGGCGAAUGGCAGCCUGGCUCAGCCCAGCAGAGCUCUCCAGCGACAGUCUUUCCCCUUCCUCUCAUCUGCUUGUGUCCCUUGCUCUCACUGCAAGCCGUCUAUGGGCAUAACCCUAAGCCCUCAUCCUACAGGGCCAGUGGGAAACUGAGUCUCAGCUUCCCUCCCUGCUAUCCCUUCUCCCAACAUACGGCAUUGACCCUUGGAGUGACACCAGAGUUUAAGAGUGAGGGAGGGACACCUGGUCCGUCUUACAAUGGGCACCCACUCACCUAAGUGCUUGAUGCCAGAUUGUCACUCUCUGGCUUGCCUGGGUUCCCAGAUUCUUUGCCAAGACACAGCACAGAGCUUUGUGUGCAACCUUCAGCGUGUGCCACUCAGCAACUUCCCCUGGAAGUUCUUCCCCCUUCCCCAGGGAGCAGAGCCCAGGUCCCCAACACAUGGCCGUAGACAUGAUCACUCUCCAGUCUUGGGCCAAUCUCUCCUCUUUCAUUGACUUUGAUGGCAAAGGCUCUCCAGUCCCCCCCUGCUCUUUGCCCACCUGGCACCACCAGCUUGGCACAGAUUCUCACCAAGGACAGGAAGAAGGGUUAUUUUCAAGUAGCUUCUGCUUUCACCCCAACCCCUUCAAAAAGUCCCUAAGGUGGAGGUGGGAGACAUGAGGGUUCCCUGAAGGGAAAUAGGUGGCCCUAUCUUGUAGAUAGGAAGACCAGGCCUCAGCAGCGGGGACUGCACAGUGUCACAUGAGCAAGGAAGAGUGGAGCCAGCAUGAGUGGGGUGCAGCUCUUGGGGCCCCAGGACUUACCAACACUGACUCACACGGAAGACCCAUGUCUCCCUCCCCAAUUAGACAGGUUAUCUUGAGCCAGUCAUCCCACUUCCUGAACCUCAGUCCUACAAAUGAGGCUAUAAUCCCAUUCCCAACCUGCCUCAAAAGGGGCUUGCUUUUUCCUUUUACCAGUGACAGAGCAUUUGCCACACGCAGUGCUGUGUGACCUCCCCUGUCAACAUUCACAGCAACCUCUCACCACCCACGCUUGUCAGGUGAGAAACUGAAGCUCACACAAGCUUGAACCUCAUCCAAGUUCAGGCAAGCAGCAAAGUCAAGCUCACAUCCAGAUGGGCUGGAAGCAGACCCUGCCGUGGGAUGGAACAGCAGAUGAUGACUACAGUAACACCCUUUCUGACAGCUGUGAGGACUGACUGAGUUGACACGCCCCGCCCCGACCCCACUGUUCUCCCUCCUGCACUGGUGCAGGGCAGCAAAGCCUUUUGAGCCAGGCAGGCAGAAGCCAAAGGGCUCACCCCAUGGAGGGAUGCCGAGGGAUGGAGACAGCCAACGGCUCUGAGGUUGCUUUCAACCCCAUGAAGCAGUACAUGAUCCUGAGUGGUCCUGAGAGGGUCGCUGUUGCAGUGCUGUGCACCCUGCUGGGCCUGCUGAGUGCCCUGGAGAACUUGGCCGUGCUCUUCCUGAUCAUGUCCUCCCGCCGGCUCCGCAGAAAGCCCUCAUACCUCUUCAUCGGCAGCUUGGCAACAGCUGACUUCCUGGCCAGUGUGGUCUUUGCCGGCAACUUCAUCAAUUUCCAUGUCUUCCAGGGCGUGGAUUCCAAGUAUGUCUUCCUGCUGAAGAUUGGCAGCGUGACCGUGGUCUUCACAGCCUCUGUGGGCAGCCUGCUGCUGACCGCUAUUGACCGCUACCUCUGCCUGUGCUACCCACCUACAUACAAAGUUCUCCUCACCAGAGGGAGGGCCCUGGUGGCCUUGGGUGUCAUGUGGGUCCUCUCGGCAGUGGUCUCCUACCUACCACUCAUGGGAUGGACUUGCUGUCCCAGUCCCUGCUCUGAGCUUUUCCCACUGAUCCCCACUAGCUACCUGCUGGGCUGGCUGCUGUUCAUUGCCAUCCUCUUCUCUGGCAUCAUCUACACCUAUGGGCACGUCCUCUGGAAGGCCCAUCAGCACGUAGCCAGCUUGGCUGAGCACCAGGAUAGUCAGGUGCCAGGAGUGGCUCGGAUGAGGCUAGAUGUGAGGUUGGCCAAGACCCUGGGGCUGGUACUGACUGUGCUGUUCAUAUGCUGGUUCCCUGCACUGGCUCUCAUGGCCCACAGCCUGGUCACCACACUGAGUAACCAGAUCAAAGAGGCCUUUGCCUUCUGCUCCAUGCUGUGCCUUGUCAACUCCAUGGUCAAUCCUGUCAUCUACGCCCUGAGGAGUGGGGAGAUCCGCUCCUCCGCUCAUCAUUGCCUGGACCACUGGAGGAAGCACCUGCAAGGCCUUGGGUCUGAGGGAAAAGAAGAAGCCCCAAAGUCCUCUGUCACUGAAACGGAGGCUGAUGCACAAGUUACCCCAGGGCCGGGUAACAAAGGCUUGGACUGCUGAUAACACCUCUUUCCCAACUGUAAACAACCCAAGUCAGACAUCAGUUUGCUCUCCAAAGGAGAGUGAGGAGGACCAGUCCCAGGGGACUGGACACUGACCCCUUUUUGCUGAGGAGGGCUGAGACUCAUUCCUGGAGGGUAUGUGGCCAUGCCGGCCUGCAGAUCCUGGCCCAAAGUCCAGGGUCUGGGCCCAGCUCAGGUGCAGCAGGGCAGGAAAACCUUCCUGACCAGUAGCUUAGUGCCUGUGUCCUCCAGAGACCACAGAAGCCGGAGGGGCCUUCAGGGCUGGCAGUGAGGGACUCAGGGGAGACCCAGGAAGAAGAGGGACUGCUCUCCUGGGAGUUCUGGGUACCCUGGCCAGUGCCUUCUUGGCCUGCGGCUUAUCGGUUUCCAUGGCUUCCAAGGCAUGGAUUCCUGGGAUAUCUUCCUGCUGAGGAUUAGCCAUGUGACUGUGACUAGUCAGUUCUUGCUCCUGCUCAAUUAGCAGGGCCUUCUUGGUUAUGGAGCUAUAAGAGGCCCCACUUGACUUCAGGGUCACCCUUGUCCCAGAACAGUGGUGUGAUGGAGAUGGAGGGCAUUGACCCACCUCUUCCAGCGAUAAAUGACAAGUCUUCAGUUUGGGGCAUGUGAUUGUUUAAGUCAGAAUCCUUCUGACCCUCACUUCUGUGAAGGAGUCAGUGACCCAGCCACGGUGACCUCUGAGGUCCCUGGGAAGCCCAGAGGAGCCUGGAGAUGACUGCUUAGAAAAUUGUGCUGACCCUGUGGUGUCCUGCUGAGUGGUGCUACCAGGACCAACCAGUGUCCCAGUCUGUAGAAAAAAAGAAGACAUUUGCAAAGACUAGACAUUCACUCUAAGUCCCCAGAGUGUUCCUAGUCCCCCUCCCUCCAGUUCAGCCCCUUUGCUUCCUCUGCACCUGUAACACAUUGCUGAAUAACCAGGAGGAGGGGAAAGUCCCUGCCAUGUCCCAGGCGCAGGGUGGGCUGACAUUCCUCAGUCCAUCGUCCAUUAGCCCAGCAGAGCACAGCCCCAUAAGACCAAAGAUCCCAGAAUGCCUGAAUUUUACAUCUUGGGGGUGCUAGGUUCCCAUCAGACCAGGAGGCAAGAGAAAGUGUUCGUGGCGUGCAGAUUGCAGAUAGCUGCUAGCACCAGCAUUGGAAACCGCAGAUGCAAUAAA